GAAAUUUUUUAGAAAUUUUGGUACAAAGACUAUGAAUAAGAUACGUUUUAAACAGAUAUGCCAUUAAACAAAAGUUCCAGUGGUAAUUUCAUAGAUGAAUUAUGCCUUUUAAAUAAAUCGAACUAACAAAAUUAAACAAACAAUAUAUAACUUGUUUAUAUAUAAAACUAUAAACAAUGGUGCUGGUUAUCGUACUUUUAUGUUUACUAAUAAAUAUAAAAGAUAUUGUUUUGUCAAAUGGCUCACAAAAAGUUCAAAUAAAUGAAGUAUUAAUUGGUGGAACAAUCUAUUUACCCUGCAACAUAGGCAAUUUAGAAGAAGAUGCAAUAUUAUUAAUACUAUGGUAUCGUGAGGAUAUUGGUACUCCAAUAUAUAGUAUAGAUAUGCGAAAUGAGAAAGCUCCGAAGAAAUGGUCGGAUGAAUAUCUGUUAGGAAAGAGAGCUCAUCUUAAACUCGAAAACGGAUCUAGUGUACUGAUUUUAUAUAAUGCAGACAAGUCAGAUUCCGGUCUUUAUCGGUGCAGAGUGGAUUUUAUGAGGGCACAAACAAGAAAUAGCAAAGUACAGGUUGUGGUUAUUGAUCCUCCAAAGCAAAUUAGAAUUUAUGGUGAUGAUGAUUUAGAGAGAUCAACUGUAGUAGGACCUUACAAUGAAGGAGAUGUAGUAUCUCUUAAAUGUGAAGUACAUGGAGGUGUACCAAAGCCUAUGCUAAUAUGGUAUCAUGAGGAACGGGAUAUAUGGACAAAUUUAACCACAAGUUCCGAUAACGAUAUUGUUCGCAGUGAAGUUACUAUUGGUCCUCUUACCAGAGAAGAUCUUAAUACACGCAUUGCUUGCAAAGCAUAUUUUCAUUUACAAUCGGCACCAUUGGAGGCUGUUGUUCAAAUUGAUAUGAAUUUUGCGCCUGUAAGUAUACGCUUGUUGGGAGCGCGUCAGCCUCUCUCAGCAGGACGAAGGUAUGAUCUUCUUUGCCAAAGUGCUGGAUCUCGACCACCAGCCGUAAUUACCUGGUGGAAAAAUGGUAUACGAUUAGAAAAAACAUCUGAAACUACAUCAAGUGACGGAAACCAGACAACAAGUACUUUGUCCAUAAUCUUAAAUAAAUCUGAUGCUGGAAAAUAUUUAUCUUGUAAAGCAUAUAAUCAUGCAGUGCCUUCAGAACUAUUAGAAGAUGGAUGGAAACUUGAUAUUCAAUUUGUCCCAGAGCCUCACGUUCGUCUUGGCACUUCACUGGAAUCAAACUCAAUUAAAGAGGGCUCCGAUGUAUAUUUUGACUGUAUGAUAUUGUCACACCCGCCUGUGUAUAAAGUUGAAUGGCGAAAAAAUGGUCAGCACUUACUACAUAACAUAACACUUGGAAUUAUAAUAAGCAAUCAAUCAUUAGUUCUACAAGGCGUCACAAGAACCACAGCUGGAAAUUAUUCAUGUGUAGGUUAUAAUGCAGAAGGUGAAGGAAUAAGUCCACCACAUACUUUAAACAUAUUAUAUGCCCCAUCAUGUUUGCCUCACCAAACUAAAAUUUAUGGUGCCGCAAAGCAAGAGAGUGUUAAAGUAACUUGUAUGAUUGAUGCAAAUCCACCGGAUGUUGAAUUUAGUUGGACAUUUAAUAAUUCAGCUGAAAGUAUUGAUGUUGCAACAAAUCACAUAGUACAAUUUGGAACAAAGUCUACAGUUACUUACACUCCAAUAAAUGAACUAGAUUAUGGAACACUUUUAUGUACGUCAGCAAAUCAAAUUGGGAAACAACAAAUGCCUUGUGUCUUCCAUAUUAUAGCAGCUGGUCGUCCCGAUAGAGUGCAUAAUUGCUCAAUUAGUAAUAUAUCUUUAAACUCACUUACAGUUGUAUGUAAUGAUGGAUUUAAUGGAGGACUACCGCAACUGUUCAUUUUGGAACUAGAGGAUGUUUAUUUUAAAGAAAAAAAAGCAAAUAUCACGUCCACAAUUCCAAGGUUUACGAUUUCUGGUCUCUCACCAGGUGGAAUUUAUGCGCUAUUUAUAUAUGCAAUAAAUUCAAAAGGCAGAUCAGAUCCCAUAACACUAACUGCAGCUAUGCUUAAACCACCAGAAAAACAACUUACAUCAGAAUCUAGUGGGAGUUUAAAAAAUGCAUUAAUUUUCUCAUCUAUCACAUCCUUGAUGUUAGGCUUCGUUAUGACUAUAUUAGUGGCAGCGUUAGCUAUAAUUUUAGUAUUGAGAAUACCAUAUCAGCGACACAAGCGACAUCGUAAACAAGUUUCAAUUAACGACGCAUUAAGAAAUUCUUCUGCCAAUGAUGCAGGGAAGUGUUUUAUAAGAAAAGAUGUGGAUGACAAUGAAGUAGAAGAAAGAAAUCCAGAUAUUGUACCAGAUUCGAGUGAUUCCGACAACAUGAGUACUACACCACAUGUAAUUUCUAACACGUUUUCACAGUAUAACAUACCACGGCAUUAUAAUCAACACAUAUUGCACAUUUAUAAUAAUACUGUUGUAGACAUAAGUCAAGCACAACCGGAGCCAUCAAACCUUCAAUUAACAUUUCGGCACUUGUCAAAAUUAGAGGAUCAAUGCAGAUUAACCUGUGAUUUACAACAAUUAACGAGUAAACAUAAUAUGGACUUAAUGUUUCAUAAAUUAGAUGAUUUAGAAAUUGAACCAAAUCAUUGUGGCGAAGGAAAGAAAUUUUCGGAAAUAAAUAGCGAAUUAGAUCAAAAUGAAAAAAAUAUGUUAUGUGAUAAAGAAAUUUGUUCCAAAUAUCCAUUAAAAUCGAAGCGAGAGAGCACAGUAUGACAAAAUAACUUAAAUUAGUACCAUUGCUAAUAACGAAAAUUGACCUUUGUCAUAAUUCAUUCAUUUCAUUAAGAGUGUCAAAUUUUUAAAAAAUUAACAUACAUAUAUG